UUCAGUAGGUACCAUCAACAUAUGAAAUGAUCAAAAUCAGCUGUAUCGUUUAUGAAACGAAAUGUUUUAACGCGCCAAAAGCUCUAUGAAAUGAAAUGAGCAGAUUUGUUAGAUUGAAUCAUUUCUCAUCGAAUAUUCACACAAACACAAAAAUGUCAAAAACUCAAAAAACGAUAACAAACUUUUUCAAACGUAAAGUUAUCGACGACGAUGAAUCGAAUUGUAAAAAGCCAUGCACCGAUGUUGGAGGUGACAAACUUGUUUUGCGACCACAACAUGAUAAUUUAAAGAUCGUACAAAGCAAUAACAACAGUCGUCUUGUUGCCGGUGGAUACAUAUCCGCGAAAUGGUAUCAGAGUUUCGAACAAGAAUUUCAUAAAUCAUAUUUUAAAAAUUAAAAAUUCAUUACGAAUGAACGGAAUUCUCACACUAUUUAUCCACCAGAAAAUCAAGUAUUCAGCUGGUCAUUUCAUUGUGAUAUUGAUAAUGUUAAAGUGAUCAUUUUGGGCCAGGAUCCAUAUCAUGGCCCUAAACAAGCUAAUGGUCUGGCAUUCAGUGUUGAAAGAGAUGUUGCUAAACCACCGAGCUUAAUUAAUAUUUUCAAAGAAAUCAAAAAUGAAUAUCCCGAAUUCAAAAUACCCGCGCAUGGUGAUCUAAAACAAUGGUCAAGUCAAGGUGUACUGCUGUUAAAUGCAUCACUUACUGUACGUGCAAAUCAAGCAAAUUCACAUUCAAAUCAUGGCUGGGAACAAUUUACCGAUUCGAUAAUCAAAUAUCUGAAUCAAAAUUAUUCAAAUCGUGUUUUUAUGCUUUGGGGUAAUUAUGCACAGAAAAAAGGUGCUGUAAUCGAUUCGAAGAAACAUUUAGUACUGAAAUCUGUACAUCCAAGCCCAUUAUCAGUAAUGCGUGGAUUUUUUGGUUGUGGACAUUUUAAACAGGCCAAUGAUUAUCUAAUCAAGCAUGGCAUUAAACCUAUUGAUUGGACUAAAUUAGAUUGAUUGAUUAAUUGACAAAAAACACACAAAUCA